AUGACCACACCAUCCUUCAAACUUCUUUGUGCCCUAAGUGGAGGCUUUCUUGUGUGCAUCAGUUACCUGAAAGCACGAAAUCCAUACGAUGCGUAUCGAGCGACUGUGCUCAACUCUGCGGAAGAGAAACUUGCCAAACUGACGAAACGGGAGCGGCGGUUUGUCGAAUUUGCUUCCGCGGAGUACGCUGGACAGAUCUACAUGACACCGAGAGAUUUUCUGGAAUCCGUUCUGGAGCGCGAACCCAAACCUUGUCUUAGAAGGAAGAUUCUAACCAACGACGAAAUUUCCCACUUUCAUGCCGGGGUUCCUUCUGUGCAGUACAACACAUGCAUGAUGUUUCGAAAGCUGUCAAAUUCGGGAAUUAUUUCCUUCGCCGACUAUUUGUUUCUACUGUCGGUGCUGACCAGACCGGAAGGAGGUUUUCGCAUCGCUUUCGAAAUGUUCGACACUGAUGGCAAUCAGCAAAUUGAGCACGACGAAUUUAUCGUAAUUCGUCAAAUCCUGGGUCGCUCAUUGAAAGAAAGGAAGACGGAUGACGAUACGAGGAAAACGCUGAUUCGAUUGAUGCCUAAAAAUGAUCAGUCAAAACUGAAGGACUACAAUGAUGUUAACAAGAACCAAGUUGAUGCCAUGACCACACUGCAGAUUCAUUUUUUCGGCGAAAAGGGGACGGAUGCUUUGAGUUAUGCACAUUUUUAUCAAUUUAUGAAACAUUUGCAGCAAGAAGUAUUGCAAAUUGAGUUUGAGCGGUAUGCAAAGGGUAGAGACUAUAUUUCCGAUGAAGAGUUUGCCUUCAUCCUUUUAAACUACACGCACUUGAAACCACAUCAGUACGGCGAAUAUCUGAAGCGCAUCGAAAAUCUGGAAGAACGGCAUCCUGUAACGUACGAGCAAUUUGAGGGCUUUUGUCAGGUGCUUCACAACCUGGACGAUUUCUCUGUGGCCAUGCGAUUUUUCUAUUCGGUUAAAAAGACAAUCUCGAAGGAUGAAUUUGCACAUGCCGUAAGGAUCUGUUCCGGCUCGAAGCUUGGUGGUCACAUUAUCGAUGUGGUAUUUGCGUUGUUCGACGAAGACUGCGAUGGAUUGGUUUCGUACAGUGAGUUUUUUGUCAUGAUGAAAAAUAAGUCAAGAUUCCGAUGUGGUUACCAUCCACUGGGAGCGGGAGCAUUCAAAAGAUGUUUGCGGCGGGAGAUGAAGCGUCACACACGUUGA